AUGGCUCGGAAGGGUAGCCGAAAGGUCCGAACGGGAUGUCUAACCUGCAAAGUUCGCAAGAUCAAAUGCGACGAGGCCAGACCGUUCUGCAACCGCUGCACCGUCACUGGCCGGAAAUGUGAUGGUUAUCCACAUGUUGCCGAUUUGUCAGAUGCUGCGUCGAGCUCUCCCGGCUCGUCCGUCAUUCCUUUUCAACCUAGCCGCGCCUCUCCCGGCAUCAACUCGCCUAACGACAGCCGCGCGUUGCAGUACUAUUCGGAGGUCGUCGGACCCCUCCUCUCAGGGGCUGUCGAUCCCUACUUCUGGACUCAUAUUGUUAUGCAAUUCAGCACAUUCGAACCUGCUGUCGCACACUCCAUCCUCGCCAUCAGUGACCUAUACGAACAAUUUCAGAGCGGCAGCAAUGCAGCAGUCACUCCUCGCGACAACAGCUUCGCGUUGCGGCAUUAUAAUGCCGCCAUCCACGAGCUGCGGAGCAUGAUGACCCGCGAUAGGCAACCUGUUGUGCUGCUCGUCUGUCUUUUGUUCAUCUGCAUAGAGUUCUUGCGGUCGGGACGCGAAGCUGCCAUCAGGCAUUGCAAGCACGGUGUCGCCAUCCUGCGAGAUACUCACAACGAGUUUCCCUGGACGAGGGAACAUCUCCUUCCACUUUUCCGACGUCUAACCGAAUACUCGUUCUUUUUUAGCAGCGAGAAGUCGGACUUUCCCGAUCUGAGCGGACUUGAACAUCAUAUCCCGUCCAGCUUCUCGACAUUUCAGGAUGCCCAACUGAUGAUUGACGACAUAUACUGCCAGACACUUCAGCUCAUGAAGAAAGGCUACCCAUACCGUUCCGAAUCGCUGAUAGGCAGUGCGGUUCCGCCAGAACUACUUGCAAAACAAGAGAGCAUCAACAAAUUGUUAGACAAAUGGAAUGACCUCUUUGACCGCUUCGUGGAGCAAGACCAGUACUCGUGUGCCCCGGUCACGAAGGCUCUCGAAUACAAAGACGGGUAUUUGCCCAAGAUGCUUCAGAGCUUCCUGACAACGCGCUACGAAUGCUGUCGUAUCUGGUUGAACAUGGCCUUUGACCUCAGUCAAACUGGCUACGAUAAGUACUUGCCUAAUUACAGGCGGCUGGUUAAAGAGCUCACCUCAACCGUCGAGCGAGUUUCAGAGCACUCGGAACGUGUGUCUAUCAGCACGCAAACCCCAAAAUUUAUGUUUGAAACGGGGUACACACCAAUGCUGUUCUUUAUCGUCAGCAGCUGCCGUCAUCUGGAAACGCGGUUACAAAUACUGCGUCUGAUGCCAAUCCUGGGACUCCCGCGAGAAAACUUGUGGGAGAUGGCCACGCUGGUUGUGAUGGCGCGGCGGGUCAUCGAACUGGAGCAUGAUAUAUCCCUGGACCCUUACGGAGAACCCCUCGAACCGAUCUCGCCAGAUUUGCCCCUGCCAGCAAACGAGAAGAGGAUAGUGGACAUGUGGACAGAACCGAAAACCGAAGAGAGGAAUAUUCUAGGACAUAUUGUACGUGGGCGGAUAGUAGGGUUUUUCCGACGCAAACCUGACGGAAGCACCUCGUUGCACACCGAGUUUUUAGAAGUUAGGAACAUCAAAGAGGAGCUCGGGAAACUCCAUGUCGGUUCACCCGUAGUGGUUCCAUAG